AUGAAGCAGUCAUUCGCCCUCUUCGCUGUCGUCGCUGGCGCUGCCACCGCCCAGUCUCUCGGUUCUUGCGCACAAAUGUGUGUCAGCAACAUGAACAUCAUCGCCAACACCCAGUUUAGUUGCGCCGCUGGCGACACUGCUUGCUUCUGCACUCAGUCCAACUGGGCCUACGGUGUCCGCGACUGCUCCAGCCAGGCAUGCUCUGGUGAAGAGUCUGUUCAGGCCAUUAGCUACGCCGCCGGUCUCUGCCAAGUCGUUGCCUCGUCUGCCACCGCCUCUGCCACCGCCUCUGCCACCGUUCCUGCGGCGCUGCCCAUCCUGACUUCGGCUCUUGCUAGUGCCUCUGGCUCUACUGGUACCGCAUCAGGUGAGGCUUCUGCCACUGGCAGCUCCCAGUCUGCCAUUACCACUGUGCCCCUGCUUGCUACCGUCACCAACUCGGACGGCAGUGUUCAAACCUCUACCUCUGGUUUCAGCACUGUCUACAGCUCAGGAGCGCUAACCGAGUCUGCAGCCAGCGCGGCCUCAAGUGCAGCUUCGUCUGUCGCUUCCGAGCUCAGCUCCGGCUUGUCCUCGAUUGCUGAGUCUGCCUCGUCUGCUCUUGCAUCCGUCAGUGAGUCAUUGGCCUCUGCUGCCGCGUCCGCCACCAGCGCCGCCGGUUCUGCUGCCUCCUCUGCCACUAGCGCCGCCGGUUCCGCUGCUUCUUCUAUCGCCAGCGCUGCUGCCUCUGCCGCUUCCAGCGCUGCCUCCAGCGUCCCUUCCCAGGGCGCCGCUCCCCAGAUUACUGGUGUUCCCGUCGUCGCCGGUCUUGCCGCCGCUGCCUGGUUCUUCAUUUAA